CGGCAGCGCAGAUCGGCUCGGUGGGGCCGCCCUGCGGAAGCUCCGUCCCGGCGGCCCCGGAGGAGCCGCUGCCGGGUCUCCCGCUCCGGCCGAAGGUUCCCGCGGCGCGUCGCGGCUUUGGCUGGCGUGUGCGGGAGGGAGAGCCCGCCGUGGGUCUGCGCAGGACAUGCUGCCCGCUGCCGUCUGUCUGUCCGGCUCGGGCGGCCCCGACGGACAGGCUGGGCAGGGUGCUGCGGGUGCUGGGCUCUGGAGCCGUCGGGGCGUGCACGUCUGUGAGCGCCGGAAGCUGCGAGGUGUUCGCUGGCGUGGUCACUGCGGGAGAACCGGCAGCGCAGGCGGCGUGUCCAUCCCUGCGCUUCCCGCAGCGGGAGAAGACGCCGUCACGGGCUCACUGCGUUCGGGGCCCUUCCUGAGGGUCUGUGCGCGGUGACAGAGCCGGAGAUGAACACGAAGGCUCAUGAAGUAUGCGAGGAAGACAAGGAUGGAUGUCAAGUGGUUUCGCGAGGAAGUGAUCUGUCCCUGCUGGGCAGGUAGGGACGUCUCCGUAGAGCCCAGCACUGCGGCGUGUUUUGUUAAAGCUGUAGGAAACAAUUACCUUGGCAAUUUAAUAGGCCCAGGCAGGAUCUCUCAGCAAAGCAUAUUUUAUUAACGAUUUUGCAAGAUCAAAUGUUCUACGUAAAGGUAGGUGCACAUAAUAGGGCAAAAAACUCCUUAUAUUCCCCCAAAAUCCCGACCGCAUUUUUCCUCCCCUGUUCCCCAUUGGUUGGCAGUUUAUAGACUGCCUGACACCUGCCCCAGUUUACAUAUUUAAUUCAUCUAAUUCUAACAAUACCCUUCCCCUUAUCGAUCUAUUUAGAAUAUGGAUUCCUGGCUCUUUGGCUGAUCUUCCCCCUAGAUGGACUUUUAAAAUACAGGUAUCAGUUUGCAUUCUGGGAUUAGUUCAAAGAGACUUUGUUUUACAUUAAGGAUUCAUAGUCUGAUGUCUCUCAGUUCUUUCCCUCUGGAUAGGGCCAGGUGCCAGGUCCCCAGUUUUGUAAAAACAACAUUCCUUCGUUAAACGUUCCUUACCAAGCCGUGUCAGGAUGGCGUUUGCCAACGCAGCCCUGUGCAAAACACAAAGCGCAGCAAAGUGGUGAGUGGCUGCCAGCAGCUGCACACGGUGUGUGUGAGCGAAGAGGUGCAGAGGAGGUCAGAGACACCCCCAGCAUCCUUCUCCCCAGCUCGCUCACCCUGCCCUCUUCCUCUGGGACUUUUCCAGGGUGACUCAACGAGCAGAUGUUUCUUCCCGGGUGCACCGCUAGAUGGGCCCCGCGCCCUUGCUGUCUGUGUGACAGGUUUUCCUGCACAGGCAGCAGCAGAAAUAUGGCUCCUGGUUUUCACUAGGGGGCUUAGGGGGAAGAACGAGGACUAAAUAAGAAAUGGGAACAUGUGUGGACCUGCCUCACAUGGAGCCUUCAGCAGGAAUGAUUUGACUCUGAUUUGCACGAAAUGCAGCAGAGUGGUGUUGAAUGAGGCAAGUUACUAAUUUAAGCCCUUAUAGUGGAGGCCCCCCCUUCUCCAAAGUGCCUCAAAAUGGGCUGGGGCAGCUGCAGGACUUGCUCUCCCGUGCUGUGUCCCUGCCACGAGCAGGAGAGAUCGGUUCCCGGGCACUGUGGCCCCCCUGGCCCUCAGCACUGUCUGCUGCACAGCUGCACAGUCAUGUCCCUCCACACUGCACAGCAAAGGCAGCGGAGCUUUGAGCACGGCAGCGUGAUGCAGUGGGCACAGCAGCUCCCGGGAUGCAUGGGGCUGACUGCGGUGAAACAGAGAAAUAAGCUUAACAGCAGAGUCCAUUAUACUGUUAAGCAGCAUCCUUUAUUUUAUCAGUGCUGGCAAACACUGGGGAUCAUCCUCCAUAAGUUCUCCAAAGACAAAUGCUCUUGCAUUGCUUGUAUUCACAUGCAUAUUACAUAUGCGUUACAAUUUUUGAAAAUUUUGACAUGCAAUACAUCUAUACUAAGAAAUAAUUGAAGAUGUUAGUUAUAACUGUUUAGUUUCUUACUUACAAUGCAUCUAUUAAUUAUUAGUUAAAUAUAAACUAAGCACUCUGCUUCUAAACAAUGUAUUAAUUAAUCUUCUGUCUCCCUCUUGUCAUGCAGAAGGAUCUAAAACUUGAAAAAUAUCCCCUUGUUCUGCAGGUGGUCAGAAAGCAUUGAUCAUGUCAAUUGGUUAAUGAUGGGUACAUCUUUUAUAACUUAAUCACAGUAUAUAUCAAUUUGGAAGCUUCUCUUCUGGGGCACAGCUGGUCGGUCGCGUCAGUAACAUCUCUGUAGGACAGGGUUACCAUUUGCCUUGGGACAUAACUGUAAGUAAUAAGAUCGCUGCAAUUAUUUUGCUGACUCAGUCCAGGAAACCCCAGAAAAAAAACCCACGAGCAAUCCUUUCUGGUGCCUCAGUUUCCCCUGCUGUGAAGAGGUGCUGGUAACCUGCUUCUGUCCCAGCCCGCCUUCCAGCUCAGGAGUUGCCAUAAUUGUUCAUCCAGUUGGGUUUUCCCAAGCCCAGCUGGACUUGCCAAGACACAAUCCGACCCCAGGCAUCCCCCAUGCCCUGCAAGCAGGACUGGGGAGGUGAAGCUUAGCAAGGGGUUGUUGGAGUGACCAGUGCCAGCCAAAGGUUCCUUCUGCCCCUCCAGAAAAGCAAGACAGAGCACUUUUUGAAAUCACCGUGAUUCCCUGGAGUUCUGAGGUUGGGGUCAAGUCCCUGUCAGUAAGGUAGACCCAGCCCCAGACACCCUACAGCCCUGGGAUCGUGGGAUCUGGGGCUCAUUGGAGCAGUUUGCACCAAAUGAAGGUAAAAUUCUGCAGAGAGAGGGGACUGAUCAGCUUGUGGUGUAAUCUUCUUUGGGAACCAGGCAGAGCUGGAUUCUCCAUCUCACCCUGACUAAAGUGAUUCAGCAAAUGGGGCUGCAUGCAUUGCCCCAGGCAACCUGGCUUCCCAGCUGGGGCAACUGGGGGAACUGGGGAGAGGGCUGACCUGGGACAAAGGCACUUUUCUUUCGGAGACAGCGUGCCCAGCCUGUUCCCACCCCCAGCCAGCUCGGUGGCAUGUGAAGCACUCGCCUUCCUCCCAGCGUGCCGGGUUAAGAAGCAACAGCUGCAGGGGCCCUUUUGCUGCCUCAGGAGCUGUGACAGCACCCGGGAGCCAGGCUGGCAUCUAAAUUUAAACUCAUGCUUUGUGUGUUUGUACGCGCGAGUGCAGGCUCCAGCCCCCACUCCCCCACCGCCUCCCCCGGUGCACGGAGGAGACGGACUCUUCAAGAAGGGAGAUCCAGAGGAGCUCCAGCUGGCUGGGAUCUGGGGAAGGGGGGCUUGGCUGUGGGGCAGGAGGGGGAGAAACAGCUAGGGGACAAACAUCAUGGAGCCUGCUUCACCCCAGGAUGACGUGAAGAAGAAGCAACAGAAGGACAAGUCCAAGAAGCCGGUGCCACCAGCAGCCCCCCGGCCAGCCAGGGCUCUGUUCUGCUUAACGCUGCAAAACCCGCUGCGGAAGGCAUGCAUCAGCAUCGUGGAGUGGAAACCCUUCGAGAUCAUCAUCCUCCUGACCAUCUUUGCCAACUGUGUUGCACUGGCCAUCUACCUGCCGAUGCCUGAGGAUGACACCAACGUCGCCAACUCCAGCCUGGAGAAGAUGGAAUACGCCUUCCUGAUCUUCUUUGCCAUUGAGGCGAUGCUCAAGAUAAUUGCCUAUGGGUUUCUUUUCCAUACGGAUGCCUAUCUCCGAAACGGCUGGAAUGUGCUUGACUUCUCCAUCGUGACCUUAGGGCUUAUCACCAUGACCCUGGAACAGAUCAAUGCGAAGGAGGGAGAAGGGGGAAAAGGUGGCUUCGACGUGAAGGCCCUGCGAGCGUUUCGUGUGCUGAGACCCCUGCGCCUUGUGUCCGGAGUACCGAGCCUUCAAGUCGUCCUGAACUCCAUCAUCAAGGCCAUGGUGCCCCUGCUCCACAUUGCUCUGCUGGUCCUCUUCAUGAUCAUAAUCUAUGCCAUUGUUGGGCAAGAGCUCUUCAAGGGCAGGAUGCACAAGACCUGCUACUACCUCGGGACAGAUGUGAUUGCCACGGUGCCACCAGAGAAGCCAGCCCCGUGCACCAGCUCUGGCCAUGGCCGACACUGUACCAUCAAUGGCACUGAGUGCCGAAGCGGCUGGCCAGGGCCCAACAACGGCAUCACUCACUUCGACAACUUUGGCUUUGCCAUGCUGACUGUCUAUCAGUGCAUCACCAUGGAGGGCUGGACCGAAGUCCUCUACUGGGUAAAUGAUGCCAUGGGGAAUGAAUGGCCCUGGAUCUACUUCGUCAGCCUUAUCUUGCUCGGCUCCUUCUUCGUUCUUAACCUGGUGCUGGGGGUGCUCAGCGGUGAAUUCACCAAAGAGCGUGAGAAGGCCAAGUCACGGGGUACGUUUCAGAAACUGCGGGAGAAGCAGCAGCUGGAGGAGGAUCUGAAGGGCUACAUGGACUGGAUCACCCAUGCUGAGGUCAUGGACAGUGACCGGGCCAGGGGAGAAGGUAUGAUGCCAUCAGAUGAAGGAGGGUCAGAGACAGAGAGCUUGUAUGAAAUUGAAGGCAUGAACAAGUGGAUUCUCUACUUCCGUCAGUGGAGGCGUUGGAACCGAAUGUUUCGUAGAAAGUGCAGGGAUGUGGUGAAAUCCAAGUUCUUCUACUGGCUUGUCAUCCUGUUGGUGGCACUGAACACCCUCUCCAUCGCCUCUGAGCACCACUUGCAGCCAGAAUGGCUGACACACGUGCAAGACAAUGCCAACCGGGUGCUGCUAGCACUCUUUGUGGCUGAGAUGCUGCUGAAGAUGUACGCGCUGGGCCUGCGCCAGUAUUUCAUGUCUCUCUUCAACCGCUUCGACUGCUUCGUGGUGUGUUCGGGGAUCUUGGAGACCAUCCUGGUGGAGCUCGGCACCUUGUCACCCCUGGGCAUCUCCGUCCUGCGCUGCAUCAGACUCCUCCGCAUCUUCAAGAUCACAAGGUACUGGACGUCCCUGAGCAACCUGGUGGCAUCCCUGCUCAACUCGGUCCGCUCCAUUGCCUCUCUGCUCCUCCUUCUCUUCCUCUUCAUCAUCGUCUUUGCACUUCUGGGCAUGCAGCUUUUUGGGGGCAUGUUUGACUUUGAGGACAUGGAAGUGCGGCGUAGCACAUUCGACACCUUCCCCCAGGCCCUCAUCAGUGUCUUCCAGAUCCUGACAGGAGAGGACUGGAAUUCAAUCAUGUAUGAUGGGAUCAUGGCCUUUGGGGGUCCAUCCUUUCCCGGCAUGCUGGUUUGCAUCUACUUCAUCAUCCUCUUCGUUUGUGGGAACUAUAUCCUCCUCAAUGUCUUCCUGGCCAUCGCGGUUGAUAACCUGGCUGAGGCUGAGAGCCUGACCUUAGCACAGAAGGCCAAAGCGGAGGAGCGCAAGCGGCGGAAGAUGUCCAGAGGUUACCCAGAGAAGUCUGAAGAUGAGAAACAGAUGCUGGCAAAGAAACUUGAGCAGAAAGCGAAAGGAGAAGGGAUUCCCACAACAGCCAAGUUAAAAGUGGACGAAUUUGAAUCCAAUGUCAAUGAGAUUAAAGACCCCUAUCCUUCUGCGGACUUCCCAGGUGACGAUGAGGAAGAUGAGCCUGAAAUCCCCCUGAGUCCUCGGCCACGUCCCCUUGCAGAGCUACAGCUGAAAGAGAAGGCUGUCCCCAUGCCAGAAGCCAGCUCCUUCUUCAUCUUCAGCCCAACCAACAAGUUUCGGAUGUUGUGCCACAGAAUUGUCAAUGCCACCUGGUUCACCAACUUCAUCUUGCUCUUCAUUCUGCUCAGCAGCAUCUCUCUGGCAGCUGAAGAUCCCAUCCGGGCCGAGUCCUUCCGCAACAAGAUUCUCGGAUACUUUGACAUUGGUUUCACCUCUGUCUUCACAGUAGAAAUUGUCUUGAAGAUGACAGCCUAUGGUGCUUUCCUGCACAAAGGCUCCUUCUGCAGGAACUCUUUCAAUAUCCUUGACUUGCUGGUGGUCGCUGUCUCCCUCAUCUCCAUGGGAAUCGAGUCCAGUACCAUCUCAGUGGUGAAGAUCCUCCGGGUGCUGAGGGUGCUGAGGCCUCUGCGAGCCAUUAACAGGGCAAAGGGGCUGAAGCAUGUGGUCCAGUGUGUGUUUGUGGCCAUCAAGACUAUCGGUAAUAUAGUGGUCGUCACAACAUUGCUGCAGUUCAUGUUUGCCUGCAUCGGGGUCCAGCUCUUCAAGGGCAAGUUCUAUAGAUGCACAGAUCCAUCCAAGAUGACAGAGAAGGAGUGCAGGGGUUAUUUCAUCAACUACGUGGACGGAGACCCCACACAGAUUGAGCUACAGGAGCGUGUCUGGGUGCACAGCAACUUCCACUUCGACAACGUCUUCUCAGCCAUGAUGUCACUUUUCACUGUUUCCACCUUUGAGGGCUGGCCAGAGCUGCUAUACAUGGCCAUUGACACUAAUGCUGAGGAUACAGGCCCUAUUUACAACUACCGGGUGGAGAUUGCAAUGUUCUUCAUCAUCUACAUCAUCCUCAUUGCCUUCUUCAUGAUGAAUAUCUUUGUGGGCUUUGUCAUUGUCACCUUCCAGGAGCAGGGGGAGAGCGAAUACAAGAACUGUGAGCUGGACAAGAACCAGCGCCAGUGUGUGCAGUACGCACUGAAGGCUCGCCCGCUGCGGCGCUACAUCCCCAAGAACCCCUACCAGUACCAGAUCUGGUAUGUGGUCACCUCCUCCUACUUUGAGUACCUCAUGUUCUUCCUGAUCUUGCUGAACACCAUCUGCCUAGGCAUGCAGCAUUACAACCAGUCUGCGGAAAUGAACCACAUCUCAGACAUCCUCAACGUGGCCUUCACCAUCCUCUUCACCCUGGAGAUGAUCCUCAAGCUCAUGGCCUUUAAAGCCAAGGGCUAUUUUGGGGAUCCCUGGAACGUCUUCGACUUCCUCAUAGUGAUUGGCAGCAUCAUCGAUGUCAUCCUCAGUGAGAUUGAUACUGUUCUUGCACCCAGUGGCGGAUUAUACUGCCUCGGCGGAGGCUGUGAUAGCAUUGACUCCGAUGACAACUCCCGUGUCUCCAUCACUUUCUUCCGUCUGUUCCGGGUGAUGCGGCUGGUGAAGCUGCUGAGCCGGGGGGAAGGUGUCAGGACCCUCCUGUGGACUUUCAUCAAGUCCUUCCAGGCUCUGCCCUACGUAGCCCUGCUGAUUGUGAUGCUUUUUUUCAUCUAUGCUGUGAUCGGGAUGCAGAUGUUUGGGAAGAUCGCCAUGGUGGACGGAACCCAGAUCAACCGAAACAACAACUUUCAAACCUUUCCUCAAGCUGUGCUGCUGCUCUUCAGGUGUGCGACGGGAGAGGCCUGGCAGGAGAUCCUGCUGGGCUGCAGCUACGGCAAACUGUGCGACCCCGAGUCAGACUUUGCCGAGGGGGAGGAGUACACCUGCGGCACAGGCUUCGCCUACUUCUACUUCAUCAGCUUCUACAUGCUCUGUGCUUUCCUGAUCAUCAACCUCUUUGUGGCCGUCAUCAUGGACAACUUUGACUACCUCACACGCGACUGGUCCAUCCUUGGGCCCCAUCACCUGGACGAGUUUAAACGGAUCUGGGCUGAGUACGACCCCGAGGCCAAAGGCAGGAUCAAACACUUGGAUGUAGUGACUCUGCUGAGACGUAUCCAGCCUCCUCUGGGCUUCGGGAAGUUCUGCCCACACCGUGUAGCUUGUAAGCGUCUGGUGUGCAUGAACAUGCCCCUGAACAGUGACGGCACCGUCACCUUCAAUGCAACCCUCUUUGCGCUGGUGAGGACAGCCCUCAAGAUCAAGACAGAAGGCAACUUUGAACAGGCCAACGAGGAGCUCAGAGCCAUUAUCAAAAAAAUCUGGAAGCGAACGAGUAUGAAGCUUUUGGACCAGGUCAUCCCACCUAUCGGAGAUGAUGAGGUGACGGUGGGCAAAUUCUAUGCUACUUUCCUCAUCCAAGAGCAUUUCAGGAAGUUCAUGAAGCGCCAGGAGGAGUAUUACGGGUACCGACCCAAGAAGAACCCUGUGGAGAUCCAGGCUGGGCUGAGGAGCAUUGAAGAAGAAGCUGCUCCUGAAAUCCAUCGGGCCAUCUCUGGGGACCUGACUGCUGAGGAGGAGCUAGAAAGAGCAAUGGUGGAGGCUGCCAUGGAGGAAGGGAUAUACAGGAGGACAGGGGGCUUGUUUGGCCAGGUCGACAGCUUCCUGGAGCCCAGCAGCCCCCUGCAGCCCCAGGUGGCCAGCCAGAGGCCCCUGCAGUUCACAGAGGUGGGCAGCGAGGACCUCGACUCCCCUGUGUUCCUCGAUGACUUCCCCCAGGAAGGCAACACCAACGUCAACAAUGCCAACAGCAACGACUGGCUGGAGGGGAUGGAGUAUGAGGACGAGGUGCUGAGGAAGAUGGCACCAGCAGCACCCAGGCGUCUAGUGCGGGAGCGCAACCCCCCCUUACCUAUGGAGAGGCUGCGACGGAGGCCAAGCAGGAGGCGAGGGGCCACCCCCGAGGGUCACCCAUCAUCAGGACUGCACCCUCUCCCCCAGGAGCUGCCUGGAGAUGAUGGCACUGCAACGGGAACGACAUCCAGCUCAGGGUACCAGCAGGGUGAGAGCCUUCACCCAAGCACAUCCUCCACCCCAGCCAUCACCUUCCUCAUUCAGGAGGCUCUGAUUUCUGGAGGUCUUGCAUCUCUGGCCUGUGACCCAUCCUUCGUAGCAGUAACCAGGGACGAGAUGGCAGCCAGCAGCCAGCUGGAGAUGGAUGAAGUGGAGAAAGCAGCCGUGGAGCUGCUACAGGAAAGAGAAACACUGCAGGGCACAAAAACUGGCUCUGCCCCUCAGGACACCUCCGCCGCAUCACCAGCCGGCUCCCCAGGGCUCAGCGCAGCCUCCCCAAAAAAGGCCAUCAGUACCACUCACCUGUGAGCUGCCUGCUGUUGCAGCCUAGUGGGCAUGGUGCCGUCAGGAGCUUGCAGGGGGUCACUGGAGCAAUACUGCACUGCUCCUCCUCCCUGCCUGGCAUCUUGGUGGGCUCUGUCCACUGCGGGAGAAAUUUCGGGCCAAGUCUCCAGGAUGCUGGUGCAAGAUAGGACAACGCUGUGCCAGCAAGGUCAUGCAGGAGCUGGAUGGGUCAUUAAAGUGUUUCUGCUGUGUGA